CAGCGAUAUCUUCUCAUCCUAAGCUAGCUAUUAUAACUCGAUCAAACUGAUCAUUGCCAAUGGCGGUCAAGUCUCUAGUUCUUCUUGGUGUCGUACUAGCCUCGCUCCUGCUUCUCUCCGAGGAUGUAGCGGAUGCUAGAGAGCUUAGGGAUGCUAAAGAGUCCAAGGAGAAGAAUGUGAAACCUGCAGGAGGGUCGGGCCUGCCUAAGGAAGAGAAAUGGGGAGGUGGAAACAAGCAUGAUGGAGAAUACGGAAAUGGUGGAGGGUAUGGAAGCGGUGGUGGAUACGGUAACGGUGGGGGAUAUGGAAAAAGUGGUGAAGGUUAUGGAAACGGUGGAUACGGGAACAAUGGUGGAGGUUAUGGCAAUGGAGGUUAUGGAAACAAUGUUGGUGGGUAUGGUGGAGGAUACGGCAAUUCUUGGCACGGUGGCGGUUAUGGGCGUGGUUACAGCGGUGGAGGCUAUGGACCUGGAUAUGGUGGCGGGUAUGGCAAUGGCGGUGGAAAUGGUGGAUUUGGCAGCGGCUUUGGUGGGGGAUAUGGUGGUGGCGGUGGAUAUGGUGGAGGUGGAGGAUAUGGUGGUGGUGGCGGGUAUGGUGGAGGUUACGGUGGAGGAUCUGGUGGCGGUGGCUAUCCCUAAUAUGGAUAUGUGCAAGAGCCAAGAGGUAGCAAUGGUUGGAACUAUGAAAACAACAACUAGAUAUGUGUUUGUGUUUUAACUAAGCAUCUUUGUUGAAAUGUGAUGUGGUUAAAUAAAAAAUGUUCCUUAUGCUCGCGUAAUAGGAGCAAGGUCUGUAAGGUUGAGAAGUCAGGCGAGCAAGCCAAUCUUGUGUAGUUUCUUAUCUUAUGUAUAAAAGAGAAGAUGUCUUUUAAAUUGUAAGUGGUCUUUGAUUAUUGAUUCUUUUAGAACACGAGGAGAUCUGUGUGCCUA